UAUUUAAACCACUCUUCUCCCUUCUCUUCUUCCUCAGGAACACAACAAACUCCAAAUAACUUCACCUACAAUUCAAGAAUCUCUCUUCCUUCACCUACAAUUCAAAAGAUCUGAUCCUAUAUAUUUAACAGAAAAGGUCAUAAACCAAUGGAUCAGAUUAACGGAUCAGUUCACCAAAACGGCAAGAUCGAAGCCAUGUUGUGCGGCGGAGUAGAGAAGACCAAGGUGGCUGUGGCCGCGGAUCCGUUGAACUGGGGUGCAGCGGCUGAGCAGAUGAAAGGGAGUCACUUGGAUGAGGUGAAGAGGAUGGUCGAGGAGUACCGUAGACCGGUGGUGAAUCUCGGGGGAGAGACGCUGACUAUAGGACAAGUCGCGGCUAUCUCCACCGUAGGAGGAGGUGUUAAGGUUGAGCUAGCGGAGGCUUCGAGAGCUGGCGUGAAAGCUAGUAGCGAUUGGGUUAUGGAGAGUAUGGGCAAAGGUACCGACAGUUACGGUGUCACCACCGGUUUUGGAGCUACCUCUCACCGGAGAACCAAAAACGGCACCGCAUUGCAAACGGAACUCAUCAGAUUUUUGAACGCCGGAAUAUUCGGUAACACGAAGGAGACAUGCCACACCUUACCGGAAUCCGCCACGAGAGCCGCCAUGCUCGUCCGAGUCAACACACUCCUCCAAGGAUACUCCGGGAUCCGAUUCGAAAUCCUCGAAGCCAUCACCAGCUUCCUCAACCACAACAUCUCUCCAUCACUCCCCCUCCGCGGAACCAUAACAGCCUCCGGCGAUCUCGUCCCCCUCUCCUACAUCGCCGGCCUCCUCACCGGCCGUCCAAACUCCAAAGCCACUGGUCCCAACGGCGAAUCCCUAACCGCCGAGGAAGCCUUCCAACAAGCCGGAAUCGCCUCCGGAUUCUUCGAUCUACAGCCCAAGGAAGGCCUAGCGCUCGUCAACGGCACGGCGGUCGGAUCCGGCAUGGCGUCGAUGGUUCUAUUCGAGGCGAACGUCCAAUCGGUGCUAGCGGAGGUCUUAUCGGCGAUCUUCGCGGAGGUGAUGAGCGGGAAGCCUGAGUUCACCGAUCAUCUGACUCACAGGCUGAAACAUCACCCCGGACAGAUCGAAGCGGCGGCGAUCAUGGAGCACAUACUCGACGGAAGCUCGUACAUGAAGCUAGCGCAGAAGCUCCACGAGAUGGAUCCGUUGCAGAAGCCGAAACAAGACCGUUACGCCCUCCGCACCUCUCCUCAGUGGCUCGGCCCUCAGAUCGAAGUGAUCCGUCACGCCACGAAGUCGAUCGAGCGCGAGAUCAACUCCGUUAACGACAAUCCGCUGAUCGAUGUGUCCAGAAACAAAGCGAUCCACGGUGGUAACUUCCAGGGGACGCCGAUCGGAGUCUCGAUGGAUAACACGCGUUUGGCGGUUGCUUCGAUAGGGAAGCUCAUGUUCGCUCAGUUCUCGGAGCUUGUUAACGAUUUCUACAACAACGGUCUUCCUUCGAAUCUAACGGCUUCGAACAAUCCGAGCUUGGAUUACGGAUUCAAAGGAGCUGAGAUCGCUAUGGCUUCGUAUUGCUCUGAGCUUCAGUACUUGGCCAAUCCUGUCACGAGCCAUGUUCAGUCAGCUGAGCAGCAUAACCAAGACGUUAACUCUUUGGGGCUCAUCUCGUCGCGCAAAACGUCGGAAGCUGUUGACAUUCUCAAGCUCAUGUCGACGACGUUCCUCGUCGCGAUAUGCCAGGCUGUUGAUCUGAGACAUCUCGAGGAGAAUCUGAGACAGACGGUGAAGAACACGGUCUCUCAAGUGGCGAAGAAAGUGUUGACUACUGGAGUCAACGGUGAGCUGCAUCCUUCGCGCUUCUGCGAGAAGGACUUGCUUAAGGUCGUCGAUCGUGAGCAGGUGUUCACGUACGUGGAUGAUCCUUGUAGCGCCACGUACCCGUUGAUGCAGAAGCUGAGACAGGUUAUUGUUGACCACGCUUUGUCUAACGGUGAGACUGAGAAGAACGCGGUGACUUCGAUCUUUCAAAAGAUCGGAGCGUUCGAGGAAGAGCUGAAGAUGGUUCUUCCUAAAGAAGUGGAUGCGGCUAGAGAGGCUUAUGGUAAUGGAAACGCGGCGAUUCCGAACAGGAUUAAGGAGUGUCGAUCUUACCCGUUGUAUAAGUUCGUGAGGGAAGAGCUCGGAACGAAGUUGUUAACAGGAGAGAAGGUUGUGUCUCCGGGAGAGGAGUUUGAUAAGGUGUUCACUGCAAUGUGUGAAGGUAAGAUCAUUGAUCCGCUGAUGGAUUGUCUCAAGGAAUGGAACGGAGCUCCGAUUCCGAUAUGCUAAGACAGCAUUCCUCUGUUUUUGUUCUGUUUUUGCUUUGUCUAAUUUUAUAUGUUUGAAUCAAAUGUUUUACCACUGAGUGAUUGUAAUGUGAAUGGUGUCAUUUUGUAUGAUAUAAAUAUAUAUAUAUGAAAAUUUACGUGUAACUA